AUCCAUUCAAAGGAACGAAUUGGAAGAAAACAAACAACCAACGGAUCCCUUUCCAUAACGAAGCCUUUUUGAUAUUUGAUAAAUUCAAAUUAUCUUUCAUCAUCAAUUACUGAUUAUUGAUUAACGUUCCUAGUGCUCCGUUGAGUCCUAGAUUCCGAAGGAUUUCAUUUAUAAUUCGUCCACGCCCUCUUGUACCAUCUACCCACCUUACACACAUCCAUCGUCUUUAAAGCAAACCUACCGGUCUUUCAGGAAGCUAGAACGCAUACGUUCUGGGACGAGCCGCUUCCGUCCCCCCACGGUUCUCUGCUCGAUAUAACACUUGUAAUACAUCGAAAGUCGCUCUGGCCAAUAUACCUAGGCACUUGGGACGGUCUUCUCGAUAAUCGCAGUGUGAACGGAACGAAUCCCCAUCUCGACGAAGACCUUAGCUUCAACAAGAUCGACUCAGCCUCAACGCUAGGAAUUACUUAAUCUUCAGUAAAGGUACGUACCAAUUCUCAUACCCAUGGUAUUCUUUAACCGCUUCCUUCACUGCUUGAAUAUACAAAGACAGUUCAUCACAGUUCACCACCUUUUCGACACAAAGCCUUCUUCAAAAGUCAUACAAAUUUGCUGUUACGAUUGCAUACAACUCGACCUGUCAUUAGAACCAUACGGCUUGUUUACUUCACCAAUACCACCCUACGGUUAGCCAUACGAAUAACGUACACGAUAUUUACCCAAGACAAUCAAGGCAGUGUUCGGUGAUCUAUUACAAUCCCUCGUCGACACAAGAAGCAAAUCUCCUACCUCUUUGGCUCAUAUUGACAGCUGAACGGCAGCGACAUCUCUGAGUCAUCCCGAAGUACACGGAGUUAAUACUCGAUAAAGAUCUGCUGGGCUCACAUAUUUGAACUUGGAACGAUGGGAAACCAACCUUCUAAAGGUUCGGGGUCUGCAACCCCGCGCAGAAGUGCAUCUCAAACGUCUCUUGAUAGAGGGUCGGAUAAUUUAUCGUCUUAUCCUUCAUUCAGCAAAGCGGAUACCAAGGAAUCCAACAAAUCAUUCAGAGGCGCCCUUCGGUCGAAAAUACCGGGUUCCAAGGACAGCCCAAGAAACUCGAUUGCUGGAAUAAGUAGCCUUGUAGACUCAAACGACAAAUCCGAUGCUGCUUCAAUGAAAUCGGGAAAAAGCGCUACAUCGGGCAGGGCAUCAUCGGUGCCAGGCUCACCAACUUCACCUCAAGAUUCUUCGGAAGAUAUUCCUUCACCAACCGAUGAUCUCAAACCUCCCCCAUCGCCUGUUCAAUCUGCUUCGGUGAAGUCUGGACAUCAUGAUGUCAGCGCUGCACAACGUAGUGGUGAGGUAGAUCAUGUCUCCGAUCAACCGCCUUCCGGUACAGUCAAUCCUUACGCAGUUGGAGGCCGCGCUGGGCAAUCUAUACUGGUCAGGAGAGCAAAUGAGAUUAAUCCUGUUGACACGGCUACCUUGCUAGCUGCUCCAAUGAAUGGAUCCAAUGAAACCUCACUCUCAACCUCAAACUCCGCACAAAUCUCAAUGGGUAGCUUGAAAGACAAAGAUCUUGACGACUAUAUCUCGCGACUCUUGGAUGCAGGAUAUCAGGGUAAAAGCACAAAGGGAGUUUGUCUUAAAAGUGCGGAAAUCAACUCAAUCUGUCUUCGAGCGAGAGAGAUUGUAUUAGAGCAACCGCCACUGAUUGAAUUGGAAGCCCCAGUUAAGAUUGUAGGUGAUAUACAUGGGCAAUACUCGGACCUCAUACGCAUGUUCGAAAUGUGUGGAUUCCCUCCCUCGUCAAACUUCUUAUUCUUGGGUGACUAUGUCGAUCGAGGAAAGCAGUCCCUCGAGACAAUUUUGUUGCUCUUGUGCUACAAAAUCAAAUAUCCCGAGAACUUCUUUUUGCUAAGAGGUAAUCACGAAUGCGCAAACGUUACUAGAGUCUAUGGAUUCUAUGAUGAGUGUAAACGAAGAGCUAAUGUAAAAGUGUGGAAGACGUUUGUAGAUGUCUUUAAUUGUCUACCUAUCGCCGCAAUUGUCGCAGGGAAAAUCUUUUGUGUCCAUGGCGGCUUAUCUCCCGCGCUUAGCCAUAUGGAUGAUAUCAGAAAUAUUGCUCGACCAACAGACGUUCCUGACUAUGGAUUACUUAACGAUCUUUUGUGGUCUGAUCCUGCAGAUCAGGAAGCAGAUUGGGAGCAGAGCGAGAGAGGCGUUAGUUACUCGUUCGGUAAGAAGGUCAUUCAGGAGUUUCUGUUAAGACAUGAUUUUGAUUUGGUCUGCCGGGCACAUAUGGUUGUUGAAGAUGGUUACGAAUUUUUUGAAGGUCGAGUCCUUGUUACGGUGUUCUCUGCGCCAAAUUAUUGUGGCGAAUUCGACAAUUAUGGAGCCGUUAUGAGUGUUUCGACAGAAUUACUUUGCAGCUUUGAACUGUUGAAGCCAUUGGACUCCAGCGCGUUGAAGAGCCAGAUGAAAAAGAGCCGGAACAAACGAAAUAGUAUGGUCAACAGUCCUCCGCCGACCGGAACCUUUGCUCCACAGAGCGUAUAAUGAACUGUCGGAUAAUUCUCAAACAAAUAUAGACAAAAAGAUUGCCCUGGAUGGAAAACCCUAUACAUUCGAAGAAGAAAACCCAAAACAAGAUGCGAUGUCAAGAAUUACGGAGCAUGCCAUGAUUUACGCGCUUAAAGAGGUCAUGCAAGAGUGGCCAAGUACAUACAGGACUAAAACGUGACCGAGAAGAGAUUUCAGUCACUUUAAAAUGUCUAAGAGGUCGAGGCUCGUUUUUCACGGUAUGGAGAAGGUCAAGAUAGAUAGUGGAGGCUGGAGGCUGGAAGCUGCCCGUAGAUGUUAUAUGCACACAUUUGAUUUAUUUUCUUUUCCUGCGGAUAGUUUCUUAUCCGCGAUAUCAACAGGCUCUCCCCUUUCUCGAAAGUACGACACGGAAACGGAUACAUUUUAUAUUGGCGUUAUUUGUUUUGGUACGUCACGGAUGGGGGACAGAAGAUCACAAACAUGAACUCUACUUUUCAUUCGCCUCUGUAGAGUACACAAUCGCUGUUUAUGAACAUACAGAUGGAUAGGUGGGUGAUCGACGGCCGUAUGUAUGCUGGGUUAGUGGUGUAUCUGGUAUUCAUAAUAUUUGGGGCGGAGGUCAGAGUAGAACUCAGCGGCAUCGCUGGAGUUGGGAGUUGUUGGGAGGGGUGAGAUGGCAUGGAAACAUGGUAGCUCUUGAGCAUCGUGUUGAUUGACUCGACUUACUCAUCAAUUGAUGCAAUCGAUAGAUGACGAAACGAUAUGAGAUUAUAUGCGUUCUUCAAUUUCUGAUCUUCAUACAUGCGUGCUCAUUUGAUUGAUGUGAAUAAAAGUUUUGUAUCUUUCAUUUCUACCUCUGGUUCUGUGUUUUUCUGGACGAAAAUCAGAGCAGAUCAGGCUCUUCAACGCAAAAUUCCAAAAUCGUGAUCUCGUCUUGUGAUUAGGACGUUUAAGUUGAAAGGCCUACCUACUGUAGGUACCUAGGUAGAUAAGCAUAUGUUCUUGGCAUGGAAGCUUCCAAAUCUCUUCUGUUCUCGUCCAAACUUGUUUUGCCAAGAAAAUCUACAAGUUGUUACUGUGGGAAGACUUCCUACGGACUUUGUGAGGAGUUUGAUUGCGCAAUUUGGGGUUUGACGGUAGUUUUAUAUUGCUGAUAUUCAUAUCCUGGUGUUCAUUUGAGAUGAGAUGAGAUGUCCAGGGAAAUGGGGUGAUGCCUCGUGAGUCCCGAUCUAUCUGUUCUUGGGGAAUGGAUGAGUUUGUAGUCCCGAGGAGUAGGUACUCUCGGUACCUACCUAUGCUCUACAUAGUUGUUAGGAUGGGCUGGAAAGGUACUCGCUAAGCGGGAGGUUGGAUAUGGGGAGGGGACCCAGAUUUGGGGGAUGAGGAGGUGAGUGAAGUGGUUUGUGAAAGGAUUGGGGUAGGUAGUGC